ACGCGGAGCGAUGGCUGCAGCAGCAGCAGCAGGAGUGUUUACGACGCAGAGCACGAGAGCGGCACAACCUCGGGAGAAACGGACACCGCGCGCACCCGUUUUUUAAACGCACAAUCAUUUACGCGCAGCGUCUGCGAGUGAGCCCGCGAGGCUUCUUGGUACAUCGGUCGCUUUGACGUCUCCAGUCCUCCGCGAGGAUCCCGAACUGUCUUCCAUUCGGUUAAUCGUUGUUUUGGUGCGCAGCUGCAGGCGACACCGACCAGCCUCCAGCUCGGGUAUCACAGACGAGGAGAGCGAGCAAACCGUGGAAACGAAACCAUUCAUCUCCACCGUCAAAAUAUCACGCACGCGACGCCAGCGCGCCGUUACUGGAAUCUGGAACGGCCCAGUAGCCUCCGGUCCCAUCCCUAUCCAGUGGUGCUGCACUCAGCGGGGGAUACCCGAGAGCAUCCCUCCAUCCCACCUAAUCUAUCCCUCCCUCUCUCUCUCUCUCUCUCUCUCUCUCUCUUUCAGCCUCUCUCACCCCAUCAUAUGCUAGUGCUCUAGGGGGUCUCAUCUAGUUCGGGGACCAGGGGGGAGGAGGAGGAGGAGGGAGGCUGUUCGUGGCCGCGAUAGACGCACCCUCCGCGUGGUGAGGCUGGGCUGAAAAGCGCCGCUGUAUCGGAGGAUGCUGCGGGAGUAGAGCGGCUCAGAGCGGAAGAUGGGGAAGGACCAGGAACUGCUGCAGGCGGUGAAGACCGAGGACCUGCUCACCGUGCAGAAGCUGCUGCAAAGGCCCCGGCCAGGGAAAGCAAAGCUCCUCGGGUCUGCAAAGAAAGUGAAUGUCAACUUCCAGGACACAGAUGGGUUUUCUCCACUGCACCAUGCGGCUCUCAAUGGGAACCUUGAGCUCAUCUCUCUGCUGCUGGAGUCACAGGCUGCUGUUGACAUCAGAGACCAGAAAGGUAUGCGGCCGCUACACUACGCAGCCUGGCAGGGGAAGGCGGAGCCUAUGAAGAUGCUGCUGAAAUCUGGUUCGUCCGUCAACGGCCAGUCAGAUGAAGGACAGAUUCCUCUCCACCUGUCAGCGCAGCACGGCCACUAUGACGUGUCUGAGAUGUUGCUGCAGCAUCAGUCCAACCCAUGCAUCGUGGAUAACGCAGGGAAAACACCUCUGGACCUGGCCUGUGAGUUCGGCAGAGUUGGGGUGGUCCAGUUGUUACUGUCGAGUAACAUGUGUGCUGCUUUGCUGGAGCCCAAAAAAGGAGACACCACUGACCCCAAUGGGACGUCUCCUCUCCACCUGGCUGCCAAGAAUGGACACAUAGACAUCAUCAGACUGUUGAUCCAGGCAGGUAUCGACAUCAACAGACAGACCAAAGCGGGCACAGCCCUGCAUGAAGCUGCUCUCUGCGGCAAGACCGAGGCAGUGAGACUCCUGCUGGACAGUGGUAUCAAUGCCACAGUGAGGAACACUUACAGCCAGACUGCACUGGAUAUCGUCUACCAGUUCACUGCAACACAAGCCAGCAGAGAGAUCAAACAGCUGCUGAGGGGUAGGAUGGAUGGAUUGAUGGAUGGAUUGAUGGAUGGAUGGAUGGAGGGCGAGGGAGGUGAAGCCUUAGGAGGCAUGCAAGAGAAAAAAAGAGAGAAUUAUGCGUCGGCGGCCCUUCAGGUUCGGGCUCUGAAAGAUUAUUGUAACAACUACGACCUGACCAGUCUCAACAUCAAAGCAGGAGACGUUAUUACGGUUUUGGAGCAGCACCCUGAUGGACGCUGGAAAGGCUGUAUCCAUGACAACCGAACAGGAAAUGAUCGGGUGGGCUACUUCCCCUCCACCAUGGUGGAAGUCAUCAGCAAACGCACAGGUUUGGCCAGCACAGUCAUUUGCACUCAACAGUUUCAAAAGAUACCGCUGGUUCCCCCGGCGACGGUUGCCCCUGCCAACGCGGUAGUCAACGGCAACGACACCACGUUCCAUCAGAUCCAUAUCCUGCCUCCACCGCCUCCUCCUCCACCACAUUCCCAUCAGCCACUGCUUCCACUUUUCACUUCCUUUGGCUAUAACAGGUCGCCCGUGACAACCCCACAGGGAGACACACCCACUGCCCCAGGUUGUCGCGGCUCAGAGGCAAGUCCUCACAGCUCUCCCACCCCAUCCAGCGGGCCCCAUGGAGGCUCCAACGAAGAGAUCUGGGUACUGCGCAAGCCCGUGGCAGGUGGAGAUCGCAGCAGUGUGGGUAGUUCUGGCAGUGUCACCAGCGUGAGGUCGUCAGGCAGCGGUCAGAGUGCCGGCAGUGCCGCACACAUCCUCCACGCACAGGCAGAGGGGGUUAAGCUUCUAGCCACAGUCUUGUCCCAGUCUGCCAAAGCUAAGGAGCAUCUGCUGGAGCAGUCCAAGUCUGUGGACCAACCUGCAGCAGGCUCAGCCAGCUCCUCUCGGACAUCGAGCCAAUCGGGCUGUCCACUCCAUGAAGCGCCGCCUUAUGACGCCACAGCAACCAGGAAGGGGGAGGGGCCAGGCGAGGGGAAGGAUCUGACAGCUAUCGGAAUAACUAAACCAGGUCACAGAAAGAAAAUAACAUCAGAGAUUAACAAGCUAAGUGUCACAGAGUGGCUGCCUGAUCAGAAACCUGCCAGUCUAGGAGAGUGGUUGUCUGCCAUUGGUCUGAGCCAGUACCACCAGGUGUUAGUGCAGAAUGGUUAUGAGAACAUCGACUUCAUCACCGACAUCACUUGGGAGGACCUGCAGGAAAUAGGCAUCACCAAACUGGGCCACCAGAAGAAGCUGAUGCUGGCAGUGAAGCGACUGGCUGAAAUGCAGCGCAGUUCAGAUGGGCGGGGCUCCCUCCGAAAGAAGCCCCCACCAAUCACACAGCAGCAGGAAGUCAUGUCAGUGGACAGCCCGCCUCCAGACGAGGUCAUGUCCCCAAAGAUGAGCACCUUCCAGGACAGCGAGUUGAGCACCGAGCUACAGAGUGCCAUGACACAGCCAGGUCAGGAGGUCAAAGCUCAGCGAACACGCAGUCUCAGCAAAGACCAUGAUGAGGUGAUAACAGGAGGAGGGGGAGGAGGCACUGGGCCACCUAAGAAGGAGGCGCGGACUAUGAGGCAACAGAGCAGCCAGGGAAGCACCUCCUCCCACAGAGGCAGUGUCUCCUCCCAAGGCAAACAUCGUCACUCCCACUCCCAUUCCCAGCCUGCUCCUCCCUACACGCCCCCUCACACCCCCACCAAGACUAGAACCUCAUCCUCCUCCUCCACUUCCUCUGUCCAGAGCGCAGCUUCCCCGCAGGCCAAACCCAAGCCGACCCCCCAGUUCAUCCAGGGGGAGAGACCUCAGUCGCCGCGCUCACACCCACCUCAGUCUCCGACCCACCGCGGAGCACCAUGUACCCAGCUUCAGCCUCAGCAGCAGCAACCUCUAGUCCAGCCACCGCACCAGGCACAUCCUCAGCACCACCCACAGACGCAGGUGAUGGAGGUCAGGGAGAGCCAACAACCACAGGUCCCUCUACUCUGCCUCCCACCAGAGGCUGAGCUGGCUGAAGGAGAAGGAGCAGAGCCUUCAGCACUCCAGAAGAAACGCGCCCACAGCCUCAACCGAUACGCCGUGUCAGAUGGCGAGUGUGAUGAGAGGGCAGGAGGAGGAGGAGGUGGAGGUGGAGAGGGAGAAGCAGAGGUAGUGGGAAGUCAGAGCUCAGCUGUCGUCAGAGGGGAAGGAGGUAAAUACGCCACAGUUACCCACCGCGUCAGCCGAAGCCACUCUGUCCGCAACCAGGACAAGAACACCAACCGGAACCAGGCGCAGUCCUUUGCUCUGCGUCAGAAGAAAAAAGGCCCACCCCCACCACCGCCCAAACGCUCCAGCUCUGCCAUCUCCAGCUCCAACUCCAACCUUACAGAUGCUAACGCACAGCAGCACACACUCACCACCACAGGCGGGAUGCUGGACGUGCCUUACCACCAACAGCGGAGGGCCAGCGACCUCGGGGUGUCCGUGGAAACAGGUGCAGUGGAGACGAGCAGCAUGGGCAGUGUGAGGAGUAUCGCUGCCAUGUUGGAAAUGUCUUCUAUAGGGGGUGGAGCCAAAGGCAUGGCGCUGCAGAAGAAUUUCCUGCAGGUGGGGAAGACACGUGAUGCUAUUGGUCUGGACGGCGAAGUGGUGAACCGGCGGCGGACCAUCAGUGGCCCUGUCACUGAUCUGGUGGCGGCUGCCAGACGCAACCAGCCAACUCCCACCGCUCUCCCGUCUCCCUCCAUCCAACCUGAAACCUCCCCUCCCGCUGUAAAUUCCUCCUCCCCGCAUCCUCCGUCCUCCCCCCACCCCAGCUCGGGAGGCAGCGGUAGUUCAUCAGAGAACCUGCCAUUUGCAGAGGAGGGAAGCCUGACGAUCCGCCGCCAGGGUCGAGGAGAAGGAGAAGGACAGUGUGUAUUUUGUGUUUGUCUGCAGGGCGACGGCGAGGGCCCCCAGGGAGACGGCGGUUACACCCAGGAAGACAUUUCUGCCACUGAGGCCACAGCAACCUUAAAGCGACGGCCGCGCAGCUCCAAGCCCCACCCCAAUGGCUCCGACUUCACCCUCCAGGAAUCGUCCACCGUCAAACGACGACCCAAGAGCCGCGACAAAGAGCCUGAGGGCUAUGCAGACCUGGCCACAGCUAAUGGAGAGUCUGUGGGAACAGGGCCGCCUAACACCACGCAGCCAGUACCUUACCAGAACGGCACUGCCACUGUAAAACGCCGCCCGGUGUCUGACGCUGGAGUGACAGAGCAGACACAACCUCAACCCCAACAUCAACCUCAACCACAAGUGACUGCUGCUCUUCGCAGGGACAGUGUGGAUCAGGGAGCUCCAGCAGGCAGUGAAGGAGCUCCGCAGAGAAAACCAAAGCCGCCAGUCUCCCCCAAGCCUGUAGUGGGACAGAUAAAGAGACAAGGAGGCCCACCGACCCCCCCACAACCUGCCUCCAACAAGAGAGUCCCCCUGCCAGGCCCUGGCACACCUGGAAGCCCAGUGGAAGGAAAGAAGAUCCCUCCACCAGUCUCGCCCAAACCAGUGCCACCGCCCACAGCGCCCAAACCGGCCAAACUCAUCCACUCUAUGACCAGUCCCCCUUCCCCGACUCCGGCCCCUGCCCCAGUAAAGCAGCACUCUGCAGUGGCGCGACAGACCAGUUCUCCCCCUUCUUUCCCCCCUUCCAACACCCCCAGCCCACCAAAUGCCAAGCCGCCGAGCCCAUCUUCCCAGAGCCCCCACACCCCUCAGACCCCAACCACGCCACAGACGCCCCAGACUCCUGCUACUCCAAGCCCGACCCCGCCGCCUGUCAAGCCCCCUCGAUCCUCCAUCGGGGGAGUGUCGGUGGACAGUGGGAUGGUUGGCGGUGGGGUGACAGCGCCGACUGCUACGACAACACCGGACUUCAGUGUGGAUUCCCUGGUGCAUCAGAAGCUGGAGGAGACAAGUGCUUCGCUGGCCGCGGCUCUGCGGGCUGUGGAGGAUAAGAUACUGCGGCAGGAGGACUCUGUGGCUGAGCAUACGACCACAGUUAGCAUCCUGGACGACAUCGGCAGCAUGUUCGAUGACCUGGCCGACCAGCUGGACGCCAUGUUGGAGUAACCAUAGAAACCAGUCAGCGUGUCUCCAUGGCAACGCUGCAACAGGAGUGACUCAGAUGGCACAACGGGCAACAUGCCUCUCUAUCUUCUCUCUGUCUCUCUCUCCUUCUCUUCAUCCUUCUCUCUCCGUCGUGCCCAUCCCCUCCUCAACUCUUCCUGUCGUCCGUCCAUCCCUCGGUGCUCUGGAAUAACCUCCUUUCUCUUCCUCUCAUCUCCUGAUGAUGGAAAUGAUGAUGGAGCUGUGCCACAAGCCUGGACAGACAUGUGGCAGAGAGAGUGCUAGAAUGAAGGAUGGAUAAAGAGAGAGACACUAAAAGAGAGAGUUUAAAAAAAAAGGACCAAAACCGACUGAUGGGGAGAGAAAAAUAAAAAAAAUAAAAGUAAAAACAAAAAAACACCAGACGGAGAGAUGAAGAAAUGCAGCAAAAUGGAGGAGACUGCAGUCAAAACAUGGGUCUUUUAAGAACUCCACGUGGACUCGAACAAAUACACUAAACUAAUACUGAUUGAAAAACCAACUGUGUAAUGAAUCAUAGUAUGGUAUGUGUACAUUCUAAGCAUGGAGAGUUUAUAUCUACUGAAAAAGUCCUGCAUUAGCACACUAAUAUAUAAUAUACCGAUAAAUAUGAAUCUCUAGCUCUUUGGUUUGAUGUCUUGGUUCUGUGUGGAAUGGUGACCUCUGGUGUUGUGACGAUGUAAAUGACUUGAUGGAAAAAUUUUUAUCUGUGACCAAAACGAGACUAUUCAGCUCCUGAAGUGUGUGUAUGUGAGUGUGUGUGUGUGUGCAUGUGUGACUGUGUGUGUGUGUGUGUGUGUGUGUGACAGGGACAGUGUGACAGGUAUGUUAUGCUGGGUUCACCUUGUAGAUCGUUGGAAUUUCAGGAUCAAAUCCAGUUUCCUGUCCUGGCUGCAUCCAUGCAAUCUGCUGCAUCCUCAUGAUCACCUUCAACACACUCACACGCACACAGGAGAAGCACAAUGACCCAUGCAGCCAGCUCGCACACACUCACACACACACACACAUAUACAUGGGAGCCUGCACAAUAUAAACUAAGAUGAGAGAAGGUGAGGGGGAGAGAAAACUGCAGCGAGGCCACAGCAGGUUGUCUUGGAAAGCAAAUGUUAGGUCUUGAUGUUAAAGUCGGCACCACAGGAAGUUUUAUAGAAGGAUUUCAGGAUGCAGUUUUGGGGCUUUGAGGUUCAAGGUUUUAGCAAGGCAAGGUGGUAGAGUUGGUAAGUGGAAGUCAGUGUUAUCAUACACACCUUCGAUCAUUCCAGAGUUAAUCAAGUCCAAUAUAUUUUCAAAAAUCUAAAGAUCCCCAGCACAUAGAUUCUAAGGUGUAUUCAAAUCCACAGAAAGAAUUCAGUUACUUUAAGAAUUCUUAAAACAACUUCUACAAAAUCCUUAAUCUAUGACCAUUCAAAUAUUCUUCCUUUCUAGUUGAACCGGUGAGUGUGAAAACAUCCAUGCAAUCAGGUCAAUAUCAGCCAAAAUCAGUGCAUCCUUACUUUUAAGAUUCUGUCAAAUCUGUAACUUUCCCAGAUCACUGUGUGGGACCCCUGAAUUUAUUUCUCCAGGAUAUAAAGAAAAAAAAAUACACGAUGACCGAAACCUUUCCUGAGACCUUAGCCAAUAACCCCUCCCUUUCCUUCUUUAUCUCUCUCAUCCCACACUCUCCCAACCACCCACCCCCUGUUGCCAUGACAAUCUACAUUAUCACUCCCACCAUCCCCAUCAGCAUCACCGUGGUUACCACACAGUGUGUUGCCAUGACAGCGUUUUCAUGGGAUUUACAAAAAAAAAGUGUUAAAAUGGAGUGAGCGGCAGCAGAGAUCUGUGAAGCUGGAUGGUUUGUUUCAGUGCAAAGUUCCUAAAACCAGGCAGAACCUGCAUCCAGAGAGGUGCAAUACUCUGAUAAGCUAUUUGCACCUCAGCCCAUUAAGAAAAUCUAGGUUUCACAGUCCUAUAGCAGCCACACUCCUUAUAUAAAUGAAUAAGAAUUCAGAGAAUAGUUGUGGUAUUUAAAUUACGAUCACAUAGAGAUUAUAUAUAUAUGGAUAUUUGCAAAAAAAAAAAAGUGUAUUUAUGAUGUGUGUGUCAUCCUGAAGACUAUUUUUCAAAGUAAACAGAUCUAAUCUGAGUGUUGAAUCAGUUUGCUUCUCCAUGCUUAAGUGGUCCGAGCUGAUGAAUCAUUGUAGGAUACCAUGUUGGGAUAUUUCCAGGAAGCAUUUGUUUUUUGUUUUUUUUCUUUUUUUCCCCCUCUGCCUACAUGUGUACAUGUGUCCAGGUGUGGCAAUGUGUAUAAUAACAAGCAAUUCUUGUUGUUUAGUUGUAUUAUUUUAUAACUUUUAAAUGCAACGUUGAGUUGUUUUUUUUUUCCUUUGAAACAUGUGCCUUGCUUUGUGAUUUUGGUCUAACUACAAUACAGUAGAUGGGUAUGUACAAAAUAUGGGGAUCUCUUUCUCUUUCCACUGUUUUGCUUCAUUAUUUGAUAUGACAUCAAAAAAUAUAUAGCAAAUAAGACAAAAAAAAAAACAACAACAGACAAAGACAACAGUGACAUCUUUUCCCCCUCUUACUGUUCUGUUAUUCAUAAUCAGUGCUUGAAAUAACAGUUAAUACACACACAGCCUUAUUUGUUUGAUUGGACAGUUAAGAGGCAGAUUUAUUCCAAUAAGUCUGCACAUUGGCCACGUCACAUGAUGCGUUCACAUGCUUGCUGGAACAUGCAACAUAUGGGUCACCCAAGUUAGCUUCUGAAUUCAUGUGCUAUUUUGUCAAAACAUUAAAAGUAGAAAUAGAACAUUUUGGUAAAUACGGUCUCAGGUCUGUAUGAAAAAUAUGAUCUUGCUACUUCUGCAAAGGCACGUGGCUCAGUUAAUUUCAUUGGUGUGUUCAAAUAUUCUGGUCCCAAAAUGUUCUCUGAUUUGUCAGAUUUUCAGGAUAAAAUUCGAGUUUUUCUGGUCUACUUUGUGGUGCAUUCAUGCAGGGUAACAUAACUUCCAUGGUAACGUCCCUGUACAGAGGUAAACUAGCUCUCUCUCUUGUUACAGCAGACACGCCUCCGAUCUUCCACCCUCACAGCUUAAAGCUGGACAUCCUUGCUAUUAGACUCGGCCCAUCUCGUUAAAGCAACAUCUUUCCUUUUCUCCUCUUUCCUUGGGUCUGAUUUUGGUCAUCUCUCA